GGAGAAGCCAUUGCGUUUGCCAAACAAAAGAAACUGGAGGAUUUCUGUAAGGAGCCUGUGGCCAGUUUAUGGAGUGUAUCCUCUCUUUCUUGCCUAUUUGGGGAUCAUUGGAAUAAACAGUACUUUGAUUUUUAGAUCCUUUUUUGCAAGAGAAGAGGAGUUUAUUUUUGGGUGAGACCAUUCAUUUAGUUUGUUGCAGCAGAGCUGGAUAUUGUUUGAAGGCCUACUUUUUCUUUUUGGACCCUCCUUUAUAUUGUUUUUUUUUUCAGAAUUAUUGCCAUGUGUAUUUCUUGAUGAAAUUUUGAAAAAUUUGCACCACUACAGUGUCUCGAAAAAAAGAAUUAUUAAUUGGAGUUUCUAGAAAGAAGCCGAUCUGUUAUAAUCUGAACCUACUGCCUGCCUUUCUAUGUAAUAUUUUUCCUAUGUGUCCUGUUUCCCAUAAUCCUUCUCUUGGGUUAACAUGAGGUAGUGUUGUUCUCUUGUGCGCUCUGCACUGCUGCCCCUCCCACUCUCACAGACGUAGGAAGCCACUCCCACCCCUCAGUGUUCAGCCCUUUCCAGAGAAACGAAACUCAGUUCUGCCUCUAACUUGACUGUCAGGAAGAGAUUACCACAGUAAACGACAGGAGCAGAGAGAGAGAGAGUAAAAUACACACACAUACAGAGAGUAACCCAAAAUGGCAGAGGCCAGUGUUUUAUGGAGUCAGGACCAGUUUAGCUGUCCAAUCUGUCUUGAUCUCCUGAAGGAUCAUGUGGGAAUUCCCUGUGGACACAGUUUCUGUAUGGAUUGUAUCAAGAGCUGCUGGGAUCAGGAAGAUCUGAAAGGAGUCCACAGCUGUCCACAGUGCAGACAGACCUUCACACCAAGGCCAGUUCUGGGCAGAAACACCAUGCUGGCUGAAGUGGUGGAGAGGCUGAGGAUUGUGAGACUCCAGGCUGCUCCAGCUGCUCACUGUUAUGCUGGACCUGGAGAUGUGGAGUGUGACGUCUGCAUUGGGAGAAAACGAAAGGCAGUCAAGUCCUGUCUAAUGUGUCUGGCCUCUUACUGUGAAACUCACUUCAGAGUUCAUAAUGAUCUCAACCCAGGGAAGAAACACAAAGUGAUUGAAGCUGCUGGUAAACUAGAAGAUCUGAUCUGCUCUCAUCAUGAUAAACUACUAGAGGUCUUCUGUCGCACUGAUCAGAGAUGCAUAUGUUUGCUGUGUGUCAUGGAUGAACAUAAUGGACAUAAAACAGUUUCAGUUGCAGCAGAGAGAACAGAGAAACAGAAAUCGUUGGGUGAUACUCAGAGAAAAUCCCAACGGAUAAUCCAGGAAAAAGAGACUGAACUUCAGGACUUGAGACAGGCUGUGAAAACUCUUCAGAGUUCUGCACUGGCAGCAGUGGAGGACAGUCAGAGGUUCUUUACUGAAAUGAUCCGCUCCAUUGAGAGGAGACGCUCUGAGGUGACAGAACUGAUCAGAGAUCAGGAGAGGGCUGAAGUGAGUCGAGCAGAAGAACUCAUAGAGAAACUGGAGCAGGAGAUUGCUGAGCUGAAGAAGAGAGAUGCUGAGCUGGAGCAGCUUUCACACACUGACAACCACAUUUGUUUCCUUCAGAGUUUCCAGUCUCUCUGUUCCUCCUCUGCUCCUGACAACUCACCCAGACACACAGUCCACACAGAUCUGUCUUUUGAUGUAGUAAAAGAAAGACUUUCUCAGCUCAGGGGGAAACUAGAGGAUGCACUCCAGCAGGGACUAAAGGACAUUUCUAAAACUGCAGAGCGUGUUAGCUUUCUAUCAUUGCCUGAGCCCACAACCAGAGAGGAUUUCCUAGCAUAUGCCUGCCAGCUAACCCUGGAUCCCAACACUGCUCAUAAAGCCCUCACACUGUCUGAGGGAAACAGAGUUGUAGAAUGGUGCCCUAAUGUGAAACAUUCAUAUCCUGACCAUCCAGACAGAUUUGAUUCAAAUAGUCAGGUGCUGUGUAGAGAAGCUGUAUCUAAACACUGCUACUGGGAGGUUGAGAGGUCAGGAUCAUAUGUUCGCAUUGCUGUAUCAUACAAAGGGCUCCCAAGGAAAGGAGGGGGUAAUGAUUGUGUUCUAGGAUUCAAUAACAAGUCUUGGAGUUUGGACUGCACUCCAUCUAGCUACACAUUCAGACAUGAUAGUAAAGGAAUGCCACUCCCUCAUAAGCCCACCUCCACCUCUAGAAUAGGAGUGUAUGUUGAUCACAAGACAGGGACUCUGUCUUUUUACAGUGUCUCUGAUACAAUGACUCUUCUGCACAAAAUACACACCAAAUUCACUGAGCCACUGUAUCCUGGCUUUUACCUCAAUCCUAACAGCAAAAUCAGAUUGUGUCAGUGACAACAUACCAGCAGAAUCUAAACAUUCAUGUUUAAUUUGAAUGGAUAGAGGUCUCUGACACAAAGUUUCUUUCUUCAUUCAGCCCUUCUAGCCUAACUGUUGGGUUUCAUUUGAGUUUCUAAAGUGUACUGAACAAUGAACAGUGAUUGUGCAUGAACAUCACUUGCUUUAAUGUCGUGAAGACAGAACACUUUGUGCCGUUAUCUACACAGAAGGUUUAUUACCACAGAAACUUACUUCAUGUGGUAACACAAUGUGGUAGAUGCACAAGCUUACUUUUCAUCUGCAGGACUAGGACUGAAACAAUUUUAUCUCAUGAAUAUUUGUGGGAGGGUUGUCCUUUCUAUUUGGCCAAGUUACCGUCAUAUUUCCUAAAUUUCCCUCGGGAUUAAUAAAGUAUCCAUCUAUCUAUCUAUCUAUCUAUCUAUCUAUCUAUUUCCCCCCAAGAAAAUUUCAGUUAGGAAUAAAUUAAUUAAUUAAUUAACUGCCAUACAAUCCAUUAUCACCAUACACCAUAUGAUCACCUUUUUUCUUCCACAGACACAUUCUGUCUCCCUCCAACACUGUAGUGACGCUCUCAUUGCACACAUGUUCACACAUCCACUUCUCUCCCAUAGAAUUUGGUAAAUGAUAAAUGUAGUUAUUCAUAACUGUAUGUAUUAUUUGCAAUAAACUAAAAUCUUUCAAAAAUA